AUGAUUGUAUAUUGGAUAUAAUUGAAGAAAUCUUUCUUAUCAGUCAGUCGGUCAGCCGUGGUUUUUCAGUCAAAAUGUUGCGUGCCGUGAUUUUGUUUUGUGUCGUCCUAGCUGUUAGAGGACAGACUACUGAUGUUUCUCAGUGCACAGCAAACCCUGGUCCUUUGCCCAUCAACGCGUACAUCGCCGGCUGUGGCGCCCCCCCUUGCAACCUGCCGCAGCUGCAGGAUGCUGUCAUCAAUAUCAUCUUCAGAGCACCCAACACCAUAAGGACAAUGAGGACUUUAGCCGUGGCGUACAUUCCCUCACCUUUGGGUAACAUUCCCUUCCCCUACGGGCUUGGAGACAACGCGGAGACUUGCAAUUUCCUUACCAACACCUACUGCCCCGUGGUGCAAGGAGAGGUCAUACAGUACACGCUCAGAAUGUACAUCGAGUCCUUCUUCCCUGUGGACACACAAGUUUCCAUCGAGUUCAGGAUCGUGGAUGAGGCCAAUUCUCCUGUAAUGUGCAUCAGAGUGCCAAUCCGUAUUACUGCGCCUGAGACCUUCGGAGCCAGGAACUCGACUCUCAUCGGAGAGGCCUAAAGAGGAACUGCGAAACUAUCGUAACUACAACUUCUUAUUUCAAAGAUCAAUCAACUAAAUAAAUUAUAAAGGUACUCUUAGGUCCUUCCUGUCUUCAAGAAUUUUGUGUACAUUUCUCGUUAUCGGCACGAAUCUUGAGCUCUGACUUACAUCUGCGCAGAAGUGAUUCAUUAGCAAAGAACCAAUCCCGAGUGACGGCUAUGACGCGAUGCACUGCGGGCCAAUCACCCCUUUAGCCCGCCCCCGCGCCUCACUUCACUUCAUACCACAAAAGGGACCCAAUAAAUUACUUCUGCGCAGGUGAAGAUCAGAGCUCAAGAUUCGUGCCGAUAACUAUAACUUUGCCACUCUGAAGCCAGCCAUUUAACGCCUCGUGCAUGCGUAGUUUGCUCGUUACAUUUUCAAUGUUGUGAAGCUAACUUCGGAGCGGUUAUUUGACGAGUUCUGCACAUUUUAUAUUUUACUAAGCAAUUCAAUGAAUGGUAGAUGUUUUAGUUACAGUAAGAAAACCGUAACGAAAUGUGAUAUGUAUUUAUAAUUUUUAAAUAAACGUUUUUGUCGAUA